AUGCUGGUCCUGGUGCUGGUGGUGCUCAUCCCAGUCCUUGUGAGCUCCGUGAGCACAGACGCUGGACACUACGAGAUGCUGGGCACCUGCCGCAUGGUGUGUGACCCCUUCCUGAACAAGGGCACUCCCCCCAGCUCCACCAGCUCCACCGGGCUGCAGGCGGAGGCUGAGGCUCUCAGCGACAACAGCAACGUUCUGCCGCCCUCCACCUUGCUGCAGGGGCCUCAGGGAAAGCCCGGGCGACCGGGCAAACCUGGACCUCCAGGACCUCCAGGAGAGCCUGGACCUCCGGGACCAGUGGGCCCCCCGGGUGACAGAGGAGAGCGGACAGGGAUCUUGGGGCUGGGGGGAAAUGGAGCUAUCAGUACGGCCACCUACAACACCAUCCCACGCGUGGCUUUUUACGCCGGACUUAAAAACCCACACGAAGGCUACGAGAUCCUUAAGUUUGACGAUGUGGUCACAAACCUGGGCAACAACUACGACGGAGUGGCAGGAAAGUUCAUCUGCUCCAUCCCGGGCACGUACUUCUUCAUUUACCACGUCCUGAUGAGAGGAGGCGACGGCACCAGCAUGUGGGCCGACCUCUGCAAGAACGGACAGGUCCGGGCCAGCGCCAUCGCCCAGGACGCCGACCAGAACUACGACUACGCCUCCAACAGCGUCAUCCUGCACCUGGACGCCGGCGACGAGGUCUACAUCAAACUGGAUGGAGGCAAAGCUCACGGCGGCAACAACAACAAGUACAGCACCUUCUCCGGCUUCAUCCUCUACGCAGACUGA